CUGAAGGUGAGUGUCAGCACAGGCACCAAGAAACUGGUGGCCGCCACCGCCUUCGGCACCUUCUCGCUCCUCCUCCUCGCUCGCCGCUUCCAGAGGAGAAAGGGCAGGAAGAAGGCUCUCUCGCCUCAGUGGGAGCAGGCUGGCUUUGAGUUUUUCCCACCGGCCUCUGCAGAAAAUGACAACACCAGCCAAAACAUCAGCAUCUCCCUCAACUCCAAGAAUGGAUGCACCUCCGGCUCUGGUCUGGUUCUUACCACCAGAGAUUACAAAAAGCUGUCUGGGUCUCUGCUGAGCCUGGCCUCGGUAGAGAGCGUGAACUCGUCCAGCAGCAGCACCUGUGCUAAUGACUCCACCUGUUGGGACGGAGUGGGCGAUGCUGACGUCUGCAGCGUGGUCAACCUCUCCGUCACCACUCCGGAAAAUCUCUACCUCAUGGUCAAGACUGCAGCCCUGCGCAUGGUUGACCUACCGCUGUCCGUCUACAGCUCCCUGGCACAGGUGAGUGUCAGCACAGGCACCAAGAAACUGGUGGCCGCCACCGCCUUCGGCACCUUCUCGCUCCUCCUCCUCGCUCGCCGCUUCCAGAGGAGAAAGGGCAGGAAGAAGGCUCUCUCGCCACAGUGGGAGCAGGCUGGCUUUGAGUUUUUCCCACCGGCUUCUGCAGAAAAUGACAACACCAGCCAAAACAUCAGCAUCUCCCUCAACUCCAAGAAUGGAUGCACCUCCGGCUCUGGUCUGGUUCUUACCACCAGAGAUUACAAAAAGCUGUCUGGGUCUUUGCUGAGCCUGGCCUCGGUAGAGAGCGUGAACUCGUCCAGCAGCAGCACCUGUGCUAAUGACUCCACCUGUUGGGACGGAGUGGGCGAUGCUGACGUCUGCAGCGUGGUCAACCUCUCCGUCACCACUCCUGAAAAUCUUUACCUCAUGGGUAUGGAUUUAUUUGAGGAGGCCCUGCGGCGGUGGGAGGAAGCGCUGACGUUCAGGAGCAGACAAGCUGACGACGACGCCAGCUGCGCCUCCGUCAAAACGGGAGCCGGAGACGCCAUCGCUGAGCAGAGCAUGGAGGAGGUCAUCAGCACAGAGUUCAUCCACCGGCUGAAGUUUCUGCUGCAGCGGGCCUACCGCCUCCAGGAGGAGUUCGAGGGCGUGCUGGGAAUGUCGGAGCCUUCCUCCCACAGCAACAGCCUGGAUCAUAUUGUGGACCUUUUGGCCAGAGAGGAGCUGGACGACCCCUGUGUGAGGGACAGCAUCAGCAUCGCCUCCACUGACUCUUUUGUGUCUGCUGCUGAGCUGUCGGAGCACAGGGAGCUGAGGAGCGUUUUCGCCCUGGGCCACCACCCGCUCUACGAGGAGGCGCUGCAGAUGGCCGAAGAGGGCAAGAUCACCUGCCGGGUGCUACGAACCGAAGCCAUGGAGUGUGUGGGCGACCUGGAUUUCCUGGCCAAGCUGCACUGCGUGCGUCAGGCCUGUCAGCUCAUCUUGUGUGACAGAGCCACCAGGACGUUCCUGGCCGACACGGGACGCAAAAUCCUGUCUUCCAUCAUCGUUAAAGCGCACAAGAGCCCAAAGAGAUUUGAAGAGGUGUUUGAAGAGAUGAUUUGCUUCCUGGAGCACACGGAGCACUGGGAGGAAACGGAGAUGGAGCUGGCUGCUAGAGGGGUGAGACACCUGAACUUCUACGACAUCGUGCUGGACUUCAUCCUGAUGGACUCCUUCGAGGACCUGGAGAAUCCUCCCAUCUCCAUCCAGAAUGUCAUCAACAACCGCUGGCUCAACAGCUCCUUCAAGGAGACGGCGGUGGCGUCCAGCUGCUGGUCAGUGCUGAAGCAGAAGAGACAACACAUGAAGGUGCCGGACGGCUUCAUCGCCCACUUCUACGCCGUGUGUGAGCAGAUCAGCCCGGUUCUGGCCUGGGGCUUCCUCGGACCCAAGAGCUCCCUGCAGGACCUUUGCCGCUUCUUCAAGGACCAGGUGCUGCACUUCCUGAAGGACAUCUUUGACCUGGAUAAGGUGCGCUACUCCUCGGUGGAGGCUCUGGCCGAGGACACGCUGCAGCUGCUGCAGCGCCGCUCCGAGCUGCUGCUGGCCUACCUGGGGGCCGACUCCCCGCGGCCCCCUGCCGCCUGCAGCGUCCCGCCGGCGCGCCCCCCCCCCCCCAGCACGCUGCUGGAGGCGCAGUGA